CAUCGAAUCGAGUACUUUGCUUGGCCUGUUGUUUGGUUUUUGUUAUAUUUUUUAUUAUUGAUUAUUAAAAAACAACUAAUUUGAAAUAAUACAUAAGUUGUACAAUUUCUGUAAUAUGAAAGUGUAAAAAAGCUUACUUGGUCUACUGAUAAUAUGUGUAUAUACAAUUUUUAACUUAAAAAAAUAAUAAAUCUCAGCGCAUCGCUCAAUUGCUACAAUCAAACAGAAUGGACUACGAUUAUCUGAUAAAAUUACUUUGCGUAGGGGAUUCAGGAGUUGGAAAAACAAGUUUUCUUUACAAGUACACGGAUGGAGUGUUUCACACACAAUUCAUUUCUACAGUGGGCAUCGAUUUUAGAGAAAAAACUGUGAUAUAUCAGCAAAAUGGACGUCAACAUCGAAUACAUUUACAACUUUGGGAUACAGCUGGGCAAGAAAGAUUUCGUAGCUUGACAACAGCAUUCUAUAGAGAUGCAAUGGGAUUCCUUCUUCUAUUUGACUUGACCAAUGAAGCAUCUUUUCUUGAAGUGAGAAAUUGGAUUGAACAGUUGAAGACGCACAGUCUAAGCGAUGAUCCCGAUAUAGUGCUGUGUGGUCACAAAUGUGAUUUGCAAGAGAAACGUUUGGUCAAUCAAAAUCGUGCUCGGGAGUUUGCCAAGAACUACAACUUGCCGUAUCUGGAAACAAGUGCAAAGACUGGGCAGAAUAUUGACCGGGCUAUCGAAAUUCUAUUGGAUAAAGUCAUGUUCAGAAUGGAAUCAUCGGUUGAAUACGCAAUGAUGUGCGCGUCCGGGCGACGCCGACAAUCCCUGCAGAAAUUGCAGGCAAAGCAGGACCAAAAACUAUGUAUGUGUUAAAUUGUUAAUUAAGUCUGUGAUUUCUAUAUACAUUAUUUAUCACGCCUGUUUCCCAUGGCUAUAUUUAUUCAUAGAUAUUCUUCUAGUAUAAUUUCAUAAUCAUUUAAUUUCACUUUGGCAGUUGAGAUAAUCCUGCUAAAACUUGUAUAAAAAAGUUAAUUGCGUCAUAAGUUAUCGUAAUUCUUUACGCAUAAAGUGAUUAGUUACGAAUCCAUUUAUAUUCUUUUUAAUUAUGAAAUAAUCGAUCUUACAAUGCGACUCGCUUGAUUCACUUGUAUUGCCCCAAAAAAAUUAUAUAUUGUGUGGGAAAAAUAUACAUUUAGAUCAUAGUUUGUUUGAUUGUCAGUUAUAAAAAAAAUAAGAUUAUUUUGUCUAAUUCUUUAUUCACAAUGAAUUAAAAACAAUAAUUAUAUAGUAUACCUGACAUGACAAAUUUAAAAGACUGAUUCAGGUUUUCUUUACAACUAUAUCGAGAUUCUAAAUGUAUUUUAUAAACUUCUUAUUUUUACUUUUUGAUGUUUAAAUUAUAAAAGACAAUUUAAAUAAAAAGUAUCUUUAUAAAAAGUAUUUUUUUUGCUGAUCUAAAGUGCUAACUAGUAAAAUUAAUUAUUAAAUACAUUAUUAGUAGGUUCUUUUUGAACCAAUGACAAAAUUACACACACGUAAUUUGUGCAUUCCUGAAAAAAAAAAUAACUAUUUGUCUAGAAUUCGAACCACAACCAAAAUAGUUGCAAAUUUUAUUUAGUUUAGAUUCUUCAUGAAAAAAUUUUAACAGUCAUUUGACUUAACAAAGAAAUCAAGGGAAAGCAGUGAUAUUUAACAGUAGUGUCGUUACCAAAACUUGAAAUUAUUGAAGUACUUGCUUAAUAACAUGAUCUCUAAAAUCAAAUUAUUAUUAAACUUCUUAUAUUAAGUAAAUGUAAUUUGUAAUUCACAAUUUGUAUAUAAGCCUAUGGAUAUAAAGAAAAUAUUCCUUGUAUUAUGUACCUUUAUCAGGGUAAUUUAUUCUAGUCGUGAAAAGUUCUUUUCUAUUAUUUUAUUUUUAAAUUGUAUUUCAAUUUAUUAAUAUUAAGUAUUAGAAUAAGCAGUUUUAUGACAGUAUUUUGUGUAAAAGGUAUUAUUGAAAUAAACAAACAAUGAUUGAGUACAAACAAGAUUUAGGAUUGGACAUUACUAUAAAAUGUAUGAGGCGAGAAAAUUAUUGAUUUUGUUAAUUAAACCAUUGAUGCAUGACAACUGCUUAAUGUUUAUGGAUGAGAUGACAAACAAUUUUAAAUCGCAAAUAGCUUUAAUUAUUUUGUUCUUUUAUUAAGACGUUUGGCAACAUAUUAGGUUUUUAAAUUUCUUCUUCUUAUUAGCUAUUGAAAUGAUAUAUUUAAAUUUGCUUUAGGAAGCGCGUUUGUUUAUAAAUAUUCCGCACAAAUGUUUGCUUUGCACAAAUGUAUGUUGUUACAUUGAUUAAAUUAGGAAAGUUAUAAUAAUAUUGAUCUCUGUAAAUUAAGGUACAUGUUAUAUUUUAUUAUUGACUAAUAAGAUGUUGAAUGAACUAGCGUAAUACAAGUAUAUUAAAAAACAUCGAUAAGUCAGUAACAUAUCCGUAUUUUUUAUGUUAUUAAGUUUUUUUUUCGUUCCGUAGCCAAAUGCACCUAAAAAAAUUUUUGGUUAUUUUUUUUAACAUGGCGAAUUUGUGAUAACCUAGUUUCGAUUUCUCAACGUGGGAUAAUGUGCUUAUUCUCACAGCUUGCGGCCUACGUGUGUUAUUUUUAUUUGUGUACUUUAUGUAAGAAAACAAGAUAAGAAUAAUAUAGGACUUUAUUCUGAUGAUUCUAUGCUUGUAAUGGAUAUGAAGUAUUGUGAUGUUAUCAAAAAAUAAUUUAUUUACCAAAUAAUAAAACAACGUGACAUGAAAAUGCUGAAAGGUACCGAGCGGCAAACUGUAUGGUCAUAAAAUUUUUAUAGGUAAGGACUUUUUGAAAAUGGUUAAAGGAGCAAAAUAUUUAUUGAAUUUAAAUAAACACUAUCCCGUUUAGGUAUUAAAAUGAAGAUUCAAAUUUUUUAAUCUUAUAAUAUCAAGGUUUUUGAUGUAUAAAAUAUCAAAUAUAAUAUAAUAGUUUAUUCUUUGUGUCAGUAAUAUAUAUCAUGUAAAUACAAAUUUUACUAAUUUGUGAUCAUUUGGCUUAAACUAACAUAUAUGAAAAUACUUAUUACAAAUUAUAAUGUUGUAGAUAUUGACAAUUUAUCCUUGACCAAACUGCCAUUUACAAUUA